AUGCUGAAGCCCGGGGAGCGCGGCGGGGGCUCGGCCUUCCUGAAGGUGGACCCGGCCUACCUCCAGCACUGGCAACAGCUCUUCCCGCAGGGAGCACCGCUCAAAGGCAGCGCGGGGACCGCCCCGGGCCCCCCGCCCCCGCCGCUCCCGGCCCCGGCCUCCGAGCCCCCACCGGACAGCCUCAGCCUCCGCCCGCGCCCGGCCUCCCUGGCCCCUGCCCCCGCCCCAGCCCCCAUAGCCCCCUCGUCGUCGUCGUCGUCCUCCUCCUCCUCCUCCUCCUCCCUGUCCUGCCCCGCGGCUACCCUGCCCGGGCCGCCGCCGCCGCCGCCCGCCUUCGCGCCACUGCCUAGUGUCGAGCCAUCUGCUCCCGAAGCUCUUCCAGGCCGGGAUGGGGCAGGAGAGCGGGCGGCCCCCCGGCCCCGCUGUUCGGCUGAAGAGCUGGACUACUACCUGUACGGCCAGCAGCGCAUGGACAUCAUUCCGCUCAGCCCCCAUGCCGGGGACCCCAACACCCGCUGCGACAUGUGCGCGGAUCACCGGCACGGGGAGUGCCCCAUGCAUGGGCCCCUGCACUCGCUGCGCCGCCUUGUGGGCACCAGCAGCAGCGCGGCGGCGGCGCCCCCCACCGAGACCCCCGAGUGGCUGCGGGACCUGCCCCGGGAGGUGUGCUUAUGCACCAGCACCGUGCCGGGCUUGGCCUACGGCAUCUGUGCCGCCCAGCGAGUCCAACAGGGCACCUGGAUCGGGCCCUUCCAGGGAGUGCUUCUCCCGCCCGAUAAGGUGCAGGCGGGGGCCGUCCGGAAUACCCAGCACCUCUGGGAGAUAUAUGACCAAGACGGGACACUGCAGCACUUUAUUGAUGGUGGAGAGCCCAGUAAGUCGAGCUGGAUGAGGUAUAUCCGAUGUGCGAGGCACUGUGGGGAACAGAAUCUAACUGUAGUUCAGUACAGGUCAAAUAUUUUCUAUCGAGCUUGUAUAGAUAUCCCCAGGGGCACUGAGUUGUUGGUGUGGUAUAAUGACAGCUACACGUCUUUCUUUGGAAUCCCUCUCCAGUGCAUUGCCCAGGAUGAAAACUUGAAUGUCCCUUCUGCUGUAAUGGAAGCCAUGUGCCGACAAGACAACCUUCAGCCAUUUACCAAAAGUACCAAGCUCCCCCCGACCACUCCUCAGCGCUCGAUAGUUUUCCCGCAGACACCAUGUAGCAGGAAUUUCUCUCUCCUGGAUAAGUCUGGGUCCAUCGAGUCAGGAUUUAACCAGAUCAGUGUCAAAAACCAACGAGUUCUUGCAAGCCCAACCUCAACGAGUCAACUAAACUCUGAGUUCAGUGACUGGCACCUAUGGAAAUGUGGGCAGUGCUUUAAGACUUUCACCCAGAGGAUUCUCUUACAGAUGCACGUCUGCACCCAGAACCCGGACAGACCUUACCAGUGUGGACACUGCUCCCAGUCCUUCUCCCAGCCUUCUGAACUGAGGAACCAUGUGGUCACCCACUCCAGUGACCGGCCUUUCAAGUGUGGCUACUGUGGCCGUGCCUUUGCUGGCGCUACAACCUUAAACAACCACAUCCGGACGCACACCGGGGAGAAGCCCUUCAAGUGCGAGAGGUGUGAGCGGAGCUUCACGCAGGCCACCCAGCUGAGUCGACACCAGAGGAUGCCCAAUGAGUGCAAACCAAUAACAGAGAGCCCAGAAUCAAUCGAAGUGGAUUAA